CAGUCGUCGCAAACGAACAGCGCCAACGCCACUCACGCCGUCGUACUUACUAUACGCCGCACCGCUCGCCGCCGCAGUGUGUUUUUUUCCGCGUAUUUUCGUCGCCUAAUCCGCCGCGCAACCGCGGUCCACCCCCCCGGCCGCCGCCCGCACACCCCGCCACGAAGAGUGCGCGCAAGAAGAAGUCAUCGUUCCGCGGAAAAGCCAAAGGCCGCGCACACCCGACCGACCGGAUCGGUAAUCUUACGUCAUCCGAGUCCGAUCGAAAAAUUUUCUUCCUCCUCCCCCGUACUUGUGGUAGUGCACAUAUCCGUCGGCCCGUCGUCUGCAGUCGUCGUCUGCGGCACCGUCGCAUCCCCCUCCCCACCCCGCCUGGCAUAUACAGCGCAGUGGGCCGCCCCGCAUAAUAUCAUAUCAUCACUAUUAUAAUAUAUGCACAGUUAUUGCUGCACGCACGCAUUAUAAUAUCAUUGUUGUUUACAAGAUAAUUAUUAUUAUAAAUGAUAUUAUAAUACUACUGCACGGCGACAACUACAGCUGCAGCCCGCCGUCGCCGCCGUCGCCACUGCCGCGGCGAGCCCGCGAACCGCUGCCGCAUCCGCCGUCAAGUCCGUUUUCCCCGCCGCUCCGCAAAGGUGAGUUCAAACGAUAUUGUAGCCGCAUCAUCCGCACUCCAGCUUAACCAUGGUGGCUGUAUUGAACGCCGUUCAAGGAUUUUUCGACAACUAUGGAGACCCUCGUACCAAGGAUUGGUUUUUGAUGCACAACCCUCUACCCACGGCACUGAUAUGCGCAACGUACGUGUUCACCGUCAAAGUCGCGGGGCCGCGAUUUAUGGCCAACCGCAAACCGAUGGAGCUGAGGAACAUUCUCAUCGCUUAUAAUCUUUUCCAAGUGAUUUUCAGCUCUUGGUUGUUCUAUGAGCUUGGCAUAUCAGGUUGGCUGACUGGCAGGUAUAAUUUCCGGUGUGAGCCGGUAGAUUAUUCGAAUCAUCCAAUGACCCUGCGGAUGGUCAACGUAUGUUGGUGGUAUUAUUUCUCAAAAUUCACAGAAUUCAUGGACACGAUAUUCUUUGUUCUCCGCAAAAAGGAUAGACACAUUUCGACCCUGCACGUGAUUCAUCACGGAGUGAUGCCAAUGAGCGUGUGGUUUGGAGUGAAGUUCACACCAGGUGGUCACAGCACGUUCUUCGGAUUGCUGAACACGUUCGUCCACAUAAUCAUGUACUCGUACUACUUGUUGGCCGCCCUGGGCCCCAACGUGCAGAAAUACUUGUGGUGGAAGAAGUACUUGACCACCCUGCAAAUGUUGCAAUUCUUGGCCAUCAUGCUGCACGCGUUCCAACUGCUCUUCAUCGACUGCAACUACCCGAAGGCUUUCGUCUGGUGGAUCGGCAUGCACGCCGUUAUGUUCUUCUUCUUGUUCAAGGAGUUUUACAAGCAACAGUACACGAAACCGUCGAAACCAUCGGCCGGCGCCCAGUCCAGACCCUCGGCCAACGGCUCGUCCAAGUCGUCCAACGGCUACAGCAAACAGUCGGACUACUACAUAAACAGCAACGGACUGUCUAGGCCCGACCUGGUACACAGGACCACGGCCGGAUCGCACUGACCGCCGCCUCCGAUGCCGCCGCCGCCGCCGCUGACGACGGCAAGCCACAGCAGCCGCCGACAUCGCCGCCGACGCUGCUAAACGGUCGCUGCUGCAGCCGCUGUCGCCGCCAACAAAAUUGCUCAACACGCCCAAAUUAAUAAUAUUAUUUGACCUGCAGACACGCGUCUGUGUUCCGAGCAGACGUUUUUUUUUUUUUUUUGAAAGUGGACAAAUUUCUCUACCCCCCUCCCCCAUCCCUCUCUCUCUCUCUAUCUCUAUCUCUCUACAUCUCUUUUUCCCCUUUUUAUUAUUAUAUAUAAUUAUUUUUAAUAUUAUAUUAUAUCGUUUAUAUAUAUUAUGCAUCAUAUGUAUAUUAUAUAUAUAUAUUAUUAUUAUUGUUUAGAGUUAACGUGGCCUAUUUAUUGGUUUUCGUACCUACUAUAUACCGCUCUGUCGCCGUUGAGUCGGUUCGCCAGGUCGUUGUGUGGCGAUCGCCGCUGAGCAUGCGAAAGAAAAAUCUAUUCUGCCUAAAAAAAAAAAAAAAGAAAUCGAGUGAGAUUAUUGUUUUUUUUUUUUUUUUCAUUAUGAUUAUUAUUUUGAGAACCCGGGGCUAUUAUAUACAUUACGAUAUAAAAAAUACCACAUAAUAUGUAUAUACGAUAUAUUAUAUAUAUAUAUAUAUAUUAAUUUAUAAGUCUGUCUAUUUAUCGUACGUUAUAGUAAUAAUUAUUGUAUACUAUCGUGUUAGGUGUUGGAAAUGAACAGUCCGCAUAUUAUCGUGUGUAAAAACGUUUUUACGCAUUUUUUUGCGUUUUGUACAAUUAUUUUUUUCGUUUAAAAUUUGUGUAAGACACGUGAACAGAUAAAAAAAAAAAAUCAUUUGUUUUUCAGACGAAACCAUUUCGAUGUAAAAUCCAGUCGUGUUUUUCAAAAUAUUUUGAUGUGAUACCUAUGUAACGUUUGUUUUAUAUAUUUUGUGUAAUGAUUUAAACCAUAUGUGAUUAUUAUUAUUAUUAUUAUUAUUAUUAUAAUUAUUUUUAUUAUUAUUAUUAUUAUUAUUAUUUUGUACGAAACACGGCGCCUCACGUGCCUUAGUAUUACGGGACCAGUGUAAUUACUAAUAAUAAUUAAGAGAUUAUAUACGCUCUCGUGUAUAAUAAUAUUAUCAUGUUUACGUUACAAAAAAAUUGUAUACUGUUUAGUAUUGUAUAAUAUAUUAUUAUAAUAAUGAAAAUAAAGGUUCCCGGUAUUUUUAUGUGCCAGCAAAUACGAACGAA